AUGGAUAACGUUCGCCGUAGAGGAUUUUCUUCCGGUGAGGAAAAGUUCUCCAAUAGAAUCAUCUCAAGAAACUCUUCGGUCGGCUACUCUUCUCGGAUAUAUUACUACCGGAGCUCCGAAGGGAUACCUUUUAACUGGGAAAUGCAGCCCGUCACACCGAAGGAACCUCAAAAGGAAGAUACCCUCCCGCCGAUCAGUCAGCCUCCGGCGGUGCUUAGCCUCGGCUUACCUAAACCUCGAAUCGACAUCGUCGACGACCCUAAGCCUUUCAAACUAAGGGUGUUCAAGUUUUGGAAACAAGGAAAAAGAAGCCAGGGUAACAACAGCAAGAGGCUUGAUCAGACCGAUAAGUAUUGCUCGAGUUGUGAGAUGAGCAGCUCCGACGACGGGGAUUUCAUGGCGUCGCCGCCGCGGAUAUCGAGCUCUUCGUCUUCAUCUUCGUUCUCUUUCUCGAAUGGAUCACCGAGUCCAUCGAGGGGCUCAUCGGUUGAAGGACAUUACGGUUGCAGUCCCUUGCAUUUUUCUUCCUUCCGUCUUGGUGUUUCAAGGUUAAGGUUACGUUGA